AUGGAAACUAAACGCCCCAAAAAGCAGGAUUCAUGCUCCGAGUCUGAUGAUGACAGCCUGGUUGAUUUCAGAGUUGCUGAAAAGGUUCUUUUGUUUGAUGUCGCAGAGAACAUCGACGAAUCAGUGGACCUUCCUAAUUUGCCCGGUUGGGUUGCCGAAGACGAGGAGGAAGAAGAGGAGGAAGAGGAGGAAGAGGAGUAUGAUGAGGAGGACAGCGAGGAGGAUGACGAUUGGAUGGAAGAUUGGAUGGCUGAGUCAGAGUCUACAAUAUCCUCCCAAGGUCCUUCUGAUGAGGAGGAGGAGAUUGACGAGCUUUGGUGGUGGAGGAUAGAGAAUGAGCCAGAGGAGGAAGAGUAUAUAGACAGCUCUGACUAUGAAAGCGGGGUGGACAUGGCAUUCGAGGAAGUCAAGAAGAUCAAAAAGAAUGAGGAAUGCUGGAACAUCAAGAAGGGGAAGAGCUGA